UCUCUCUCUCUCUCUCUGUCUCUCUCUCUCCCCCCCUCCCCCUCCUGCUGCUGUAUUCCAACCCACUCCUGGUGACCGACAGAUCCUCCGACUCCACCCUGCUCCUACGUGACGACGGGAACCUUUUCAGGUGUCAUGUCAGUUGGUUUGAAGUUCCGUAGUAUCACGGCACACGCUCUCGGUAAUACCUCUCGUUUUUUGUCUGACGUGACAGACGCGCCAAACGGAACAAACUAAACCUUUAUUUCAACUCAGUCAAAAAGUUUUGAAAAGUUAGUUGCGGUGCCUUAUUCGGUAUAUCCGCUGCUUUGACAUUGUUCGUUCUGGUCGGUGUAAGUGUCGGAGCGGGAUGUCGGCGGUUAAAGCGCUUCAGCAGUGGUGUAAGAUUCAGUGCAACGGGUACAGGGAUGUGUCUAUUACGAACAUGACCACCUCUUUCCGGGACGGGCUGGCGUUCUGCGCGCUCAUCCACAAACACCGGCCAGACCUCAUUAACUUUGAUUCUCUCAAGAAGGACGAUGUCUACGACAAUAACAAACUGGCGUUCAGUGUUGCUGAGGAGCAGCUUGGUAUCCCUGCUCUGCUGGAUGCGGAGGACAUGCUGGCCCUCAGGGUCCCUGACCGCCUCAGUGUCCUCACAUACGUCUCCCAGUACUACAACUACUUCCACGGCCGCUCUCCCAUUGGAGGUUUGGCAGGAGUGAAACGCCCAGCAGAGGAGUCUACAGAACAGUCCUCUGGGAAGAAGAAUCAGCCAAUAACAGCCAAGGCCUACCCUGGCUCCUCCCCCUACCAGCCUCCCCCCUCUCCCUCCCACCUCAGACCCUCCCCCAAACAAGGCCGCUUUGCUGCACAGAAGGAGGGUGUGUCGGAGCCCAGGCUGGCUGGGACCCUCAGUAACAAGUGUGUGAGCUGUCAGAAGCACGUCCACCUGGUCCAGCGCCACCUGGUGGACGGGAGGCUGUACCACAGGAACUGUGCCAAGUGUGCAGAGUGUUCCACUACCUUGCUGUCAGGGGCGACCACAGCCGGGUCAGAACCAGGAUCCUUCAUCUGCUCCGCCCACCAGCGUGGGGCUCCGCCCCUCCAGGAGCGCCACGACAACACGCCCGUGGUGCCAUGGAGACGCAUCAACCCCAGGCAUACAGCCGGCCUCACCCCUACCCCGGCAUCUACCCCGGCCUCCAAACUGGGCCCCAGUUGGCUAACGUAUCGACCUGCGGCUCCUACCCCAGCCUCUACCUUGUCCUCUAUCACAACCUCUACCACUCCCUCAGCCUCAACUCAGGCCUCUACCCCAGCCUCCAAACCAGGCCCCAGCUGGCUGACCUCCAGGACUGAAAAACCCAGCACCCCCCACUCAUCCCUGUCCUCACUGCCCACACCGAAGCUCUCCUCCAUGGGCUCCUCCGGCACCUCCACCCCCUCUAGCCUCUCCACCCCCUCUAGCCUCUCCAACCCCUCCAGCCUCUCCCCCUCUAGCCUCUCCACCCCCUCUAGCCUCUCCACCCCCUCUAGCCUCUCCAACCCCUCCAGCCUUUCCAGCCUCAGACCUGUGGCCACGCCCCGGACCUCCAGCAGCAGCAAGACCCAGCAGGCCCGGGCUCACUUCUUCCAGAGUGACACCACGACCGGACUAGAGAACCAGAGCCAGAACCAGGCCAGGGACCAGAACCAGGUCAUGGCCCCAGCCCGGAGCCUGGCUGUGGGGGGCCAGGAGGAGGGAGCGGGGCCUGGAGGGAGUGAGAGGGGAGGCAGGGGGGUGAGUGUGGUAGUGAACCUGAAGGGGGGGUUGGGAGGGGGCAAGAAGGUACUCGGUGGGGCAAGUACAGGAGGGGGCCAGGAAGUUACUUUGGGUGAGGGAGUGACUAAGAUUGGGGGAGGGGCUAAGGUAGGGGAGGUGGUUGGGGGAGGGGCUAAGGUAGGGGAGGUGAUGAUGUUGCCCAGAGAAGAGAACAGCAAGAAAGAGGCAGCAGCUUUUCUCUCCAAGAAAAUAAUAACAACAUCAACCGAAGUCAACAACAACACCAAACCAGCCUGGACGACUGUGGCUCUGAAGAUGACUGACAACAGACCUGCAGAUAUGGUGACCCCUAAGAAAGAGACAGAUGGUGGGAAGAAAGGAAGAGUGAAGCUAAAAGCCGACCCCUCCAUCCUGGCCGACCUAGGAACCACCUUUGACCCCCCCACCCCCAGCAGCCGCACUGCAUUGUGGGGGAAGACUCCAGACAAAGGAUCCCCCAAACCAGUCACCACUCCAGUAGCAGACAGCAGCAGCUCUCCAGCAGACUGGAGGUCAAAGCUCAAACCCGUCUCCAAGGAGACCAAGACCAAAGACUCCCCCUCUCUCCUCCCAGACAGGAAGGCUGAGGCCCCCUCCAGGCCCUGGGCAGCAAGUACACGAAACUCACAGGCUUCAGGGCCUACCAGCCCUGGGACCCAGGGUGUCCUGAAUGGAAAGAGCUCCAGUGACCUGGAGAGCAGGCCAGCUGUGGCUAAGCCAGACUACAUCCCGAAGCAGCAGAUUCUGAGUGAGCUGGAGGAGAUUGAGACCAGCCUGAAUGACCUGGAGACACGAGGAGUGCUGCUGGAGACCCAGCUACGCCACUCUGAAGAGGAGGGAGAGGAGGACUCUGUGAUGGAUGAGCUGAUGAUAGACUGGUUCAACCUCAUCAGGAACAAACAGGUGGCCAUGAGGAGGGAGUCAGAGCUGGUGUACAUCGCUAGGAGCCAGGACCUGGAGGAGGAGCAGCCCAGUGUGGAGCAGGAGCUGAGGAGACUGAUGGACAAACCUGACCAUCUGAAGACCAAGUGGGAUCGGAGGAGAGAGGAGGAGCUUAUGGUGAAACUAGUAGAGAUUGUCAACGACAGGAACGCCAUCAUAGACGGCCUGGAUGAUGACAGAAUCAGGGAGGAAGAGGAGGAUCAACAGCUAGACAUAAUGAUGAAGAACCUGGAUGUAAAGAAAGACAAGACUAAAAAGAAGAAGCUGGGCUUGUUCAGCUGGGGCAAGAAGGAGAGCUGAAGCACACACACACCAACACACACACACACCUCAACACACACACACCUCAACACACACACACAUCAACACUCA